CUCACCAAGCACCAGAGCAAGAUGACUGAAAACAGUAAUAUUGAAGCAGCAGGGAUGUCUGCUAACACUCAACCAUCUUCUCCACCGUCAGGUGUUCGUAAGAAUCGGUCAGCUGUUUGGGAUCAUUUUGAUGUGGAGAAUGCUACUGAGAAGAAGGCUAAAUGCAAAUAUUGUGGUAGCUUAAUACAAUAUGGGAAUGGAACCAGCUCAAUGGGUGGUCAUUUGAGAAGAUGCAAGCAAAAUCCUAAUAAUGAUUCAAACAAAAGAAGAAAAACAACGACCACACCGACUAUAGAUGAGCGUGGUGUUUUAAAUUCACCCAGUGCUUCCAAAUUUGACCAAGAGGAGGCUCGAAGGGCACUUGUGGAAAUGUUUAUUGGGGAAGAGCUACCAUUUCGCUUCGUUAAAAGCCUGAAAUUCCGAAAAUUUGUGCAUGCCCUACAAGCAAGAUUCAAAGUUCCUUCACGGACUACAUUAGCACGUGACAUUGGAGCUCUUUAUGCUGAAGAGAAGAUGAAGUUGCAAGAUUUUCUUUCGGCAAAUUGUGGUAGAGUAUGUCUAACCACUGACACUUGGACUUCAAUUCAAAAUUUUACUUAUAUGAGUUUGACAGCACACUUUGUUGAUUUGGAUUGGAAAUUACAUAAAAAAAUACUUAAUUUUUGUCAAGUGACAAGUCAUUUAGGAGAGGUUAUAGGAGCAACAAUUGAAUCUUGUUUAAAUAAUUGGAAUUUGAAUCGGGUCUUUAGUGUGACAGUUGAUAAUGCCUCGUCUAAUGAUGUUGCAAUUAAAUAUCUGAAGCAGCGAUUGAAUUCUUGGAAUAGCAUUAUUUUGAAUGGUGAAUUUAUUCAUAUGAGGUGUUGUGCACAUAUUAUAAACUUAAUUGUAAAAGAGGGGUUGAAAGAGAUUGAUGAAUCGGUCUUGAGGAUUCGUAGUGCAGUAAAGUAUGUUAGAUAUUCUCCAUCUAGAGCUAGUAGGUUUCAAAAGUGUGUUGAAUUAGAAAAAAUCCAAUAUAAAGGCUUGCCUUGCAUAGAUGUUGAGACUAGGUGGAACUCUACCUAUCAAAUGUUAGAGGUAGCUUUGAAGCAUCGCAAAGCAUUUGAGUUGCUUGCUUUGAAAGAUAAUACCUAUAUAGGAGAGAUGAAUGGAGGAAAAGGGAGAGGUGUUCCUUCUGAUUCAGACUGGGAGUAUGCUGAGUCCAUUGUACCAUUUUUGCGAGUGUUCAGUGAUGCCACUAUAUGUAUUUCUGGUACCUUAUAUGUUACCAGUGCUAUAUGUGUUUCUGGUACCUUAUAUGUUACCAGUGAUAUGUAUAUGAAGGAAGUAUUUGCAAUUGGAUGA